UCAGGAAAGUUGUAAAUGUUCAUGUCUCCUGGCAAAGACCAUACCAGAUCAGUUUUAUUAUCAAGCAGAAUCAUUAGUAAAGCCAUUGCUGUUAUCAAUUGCGCAUCAACAUUCUAAAGUCAGGCUGGCUGUUUUAGAGGUAGGCUGUAAUUUUACCACAAUUUAUGUGGGGGUGCUGUGUAGACAGUAUUCUACAGUGCAGACCGGUCCGGUACGGUACGGUACGGUACGGUACGGUAUGGUACAGUACAAUACAGAGGCUGGUUUUUACCGCAAUUUACGUGGGGGUGCUGUGUUGAUAGUAUUCUACAGUACAGUACAGUACAGUACAGUACAGUACAGUACAGUACAGUACAGUACAGUACAGUACAGUACAGUACAGCCUCGCAUAAGAGAACCAGUGGUUUAAGAACCACCCAGCCUGAAAUUUGGGCAAUUUUAAAAGCAUCCAAAAUGGAAGAACCACUUCAGGCUAUCAAAUGAAACUUGUUCUUAAAAAACUUUAUUAAACUUUUAGCUGAAUUAGCAAGCAGGUACUAGGAAGAAAAUACUGUAAUCUUGCUAGCAUGAAUUAUGUCUUUCAUCCACAUCAUCCAUUUAUUUUAUCAAAAUUAAAUUCAUUGUAUACAAUAAAAGGUUUAAAACUCUAAACCAAGAACAAUUGUUUUUGACUGGAAAUAGGAACCAGUUAAGAACCGUUUCAGCCUGAUGUCUUUGUGAGAACCACUUUUUUUUCAAUUGUUGAAGAAUACGAAUGUUCUCACCAAGACGUUUCACAAGCCAUCCGUGUUGUAUCGGAUAUAGAACACGGCCGCUCAUGUUGUAAAUACGUAUAUUUUAUCUUGAAGCGAUUCUUUGUUCAGACCGUAGGUGUUGUAAUCCAAGGUGGUGAUGGUAAAAAUGUGGACAGUGUCCUGCCUCAUAUUGCUCAACGAACAUUUGAUGAAAAUCCAGCUGUAAGGUCUAUGGUGUCCACUGUGGUUGGAGGGUGGUUACUUGAUCUCAGAGAUAGGUACGUUCAGGGACGUAGCGAAGCAUCUGAAGUUGGGGUGGUGUCGGAGGAUUUUACCUGAAAUUUGAACUUCAAUGUUAAAAAUUUACCUGAAAUGUAAUAAUUAUAAUAGAGCUUUUUCUGAUCGAUUUCCACUGUCAUACUAAGUUUCCGAAGAAAAGGGGGGUCUGGGGUCCUCCCCCUGCCGUUUUCUAAAGCAAAUUCGCAAACGAAUUGGAUCUAAAUUGACUGCAUUUUACAAAAAUGGUUAUCUUAUCAUCUCACAAAAAUAACGACUUUAUUACGCAAAUUUUACCUGAAAAUGUCAAAAUUUAAACUUGAAUUUUACCUGAUUUUUACCUGAGUUUCACAGUUGGGUGAGGGGGGUUACACCCCCACACUUUUGGUUACACUUUGGGAGACACUUACUGAAAGUAAUACUGUAAUAAUGUGUGGGUGGGUGCUGAUAUACUAUAGGCUGUAGUAUAUCUCGUAUUGCUCAACGAAUCCAACUGUGAGAUUAAUGGUGUCCACUGUGGUUAAGGGUGGUUGAUUGAUCUAAGAGAUAGGUACGUUUUACUUUCGGAGAAAUUUUAUUGAAGGUAAUAAUGUGUGUAAUGUGGUAAGGGGGUGUAUGCUGGUAGUACUGUGGUCUAUCUCAUAAUAAGCUUUUAGACGUUCUCUGGUUUUUAAAUAUUUUUAUUACUACGAAUUUUCCACUGGCAGUCUGCAGUCUUCAACGGGUGGAUUACAAUGACUGAAGAUUACAAUGACUGAAGAUUACCGUUGAAGACUUCAGACUGGCAGUCGAAAGUUUGUAAUAAUAAAUAUUUAAAAACCAGAGAACGUCUAGAAACUUAUUAUGAAUAAUCCUGGUUUCGCUUCAAACAUAUUUAAAAAUAAGUCUAUCUCAUAUUGCUGAACUCGGACAUUGGUUGAAAACUGAGCUGUGAGAUUUAUGGUGUCCAUUGCAGUUGGACCUGCUGUUCUCCGUGAUUGGGCAUGGGUCAUACGAUGGCUGCCAGAGUCGCCCUUAAGCCUGGUUUCAAUAUGGUUGUAACUGUCGCGAACGUGUCGUGAAGUGUUUGUCGUGAAUGAUUUGUAUGCUUUAAAGUUUGUUCGUUUACUGCAACCAGGUAUAUCAAUCAUGUUUCGCUCGCUACUCUGGUUUAAAUAAAUGAUUACAAAGCCCAGUCGAAUUGUAAUCAAGACCCAACGUUUCGAUUGCUUGUUUCCAUAAUAUGGUUGUAACUGUCGUGACACUGUCACAAGUUAAUUUCGUACCCAGGGAUCGUACAAGCAGCUGGCGGCAGUUUUAAAAAGACAAACUGUUGCCACGAUGUCGUUUUUCUGUUUUCAUUAAAAAAUAACCGUUACGACACGUUUUUAGCAUGUCGCAACUGUUGUCGAGAUCGAACUCGAGUCUAUCUCGACGACACUGUUGUAACUGUCGUGAACUGUUGCCAGCGUGUCGCGACAAGACUUUUCUUCAUGUUUCUAUUUGGUCGCGAACACUUCUCUGACGACACUUACAACACGUUCGCGACAGUUAAGCCGGUUUUCCACUUCGCCCGUAUCGUAGCGAAACGUACUGGUGAGCAUGCGCAGAUUGAAAAGAGAUUUAUAAAUCCACGUACUUCCGGGUGUAUUCGCGUAUCAAAAUAAAAAGUUCGUCGCAAGUCAAUUUUUUUGACGUACUACGGAAGUACUAACCAAUCAACAUUCACGAAAUUUUGAAAUUUAAAACUUUUCGGUACGGUACGGUACGGGCGAAGUGGUGGAAAACCGUAUGGAAAUCAGACUUUAGAAAGCCUUUCGACUCGAUCAGGUUGAGUUGAGCUUGCUCAAUUUGAUCCGAAAACUGACAUCACCUCAACUUACGUUUAGUUUUGUGUUCUCCAGGUACUCUUAUUUUCAUAAGUUACUACCGUUGCUGCUGACAGGCUUGUCUGAUGAUAUACAAGAGAUCCAAAAGAAAUCAUCAGAUUUGUUUGACAAGGUACUUAGUUCUUCAAAUUUCGGCCAGUGGCCGACACUGGGGCUAGUAAUAUAUGACCACCUUUCGUUGCUGAAAAUCUUACUUCUUAAACCUUUUUUGCCUUAAAUUUCAUGCAAUAUGUAGCUUCAUUCAUUUUGAAAAAUUAUUGUUACAACUUUGUUACACAGUUAUUGAGGUAAUAUUUCAAAUGCGACUGUGAGGACUGGACUAGAUUUCAAGUUCGCGCAAUUUGAUCAAAAUGCGGAUAAUAUAGCCUUGGAAUCUAGAAUGCGAGGACUUGAAAUCUAGACCAGUCCGAAUGGACCAUUUGCAUUAUAGACUAAAUUUUGAUCUAGACAAAAAUUUCAUCACAGCUUGAAAGAGCAUCACAAAAUUAGUAAUAUUCCAAAGUUUCGCUGCGAAAUGUUGUAAAAUGCGGAUAAUAUAGCCUUGCGAAAUUUGCAAUUUUCAGUCAUUUUGUAUUACAAACGGGAAAUUGAUGCGCCAACACCCGAUUGGGCUGUCAAUUUUCCGUGCGUAAUACAAAAUGACUGAAAAACGGCAAACUUCGCAAGGCUAUAUUAUCCGCAUUUUACAACAUUUCGCAACGAAACGUCGGAAUAUUACUAAUUUUGUGAUGCUCUUUCAAGCUGUGAUGAAAUUGUUGUCUAGACUUGUCUAGAUCAAAAUUUAGUCUGUAAUGCAAAUGGUCCAUUGGAGGAUUUGAAAUGACAUCUCAUGCGAAUCACUAUUUAAUUAAUUUUGAUCCAGUCUUUUCAAAGACUGAAUUAAUUUUGAUCCAGUUCUGGGACUAGAUCAGUAUACUUCACCAGGUAUCCAGUAUUAUCAUGUGAGCAAAAUAAAGCAGUAUGGUUGGCUAAUUUACUCAUGAAUUGUUAAUGAGUUUGAGAUCUGUCAUUCAACGACUUUCAGAAUUUACUGAUGAAGGAAGGAGGGUUGCCAAUGUCUGCAAACUGCGGACAUGAAAACUGAAUUGCAUGCGUCCGUGAUUGUAUCGUAUAUAUAAUUGCAUUUUUUCCCAGUAACUUCGAAAUUGCUCAAGACUAAAAACAAAUUGUCGUUCUUCCAGGUUGGUCAACAAUAUGAAAAAGAGAACGAAGCAGAUUUCAAAGAUAAGCAAGACUUUCAAGUUUGGGACAAAAAUGUCGGUAUUGAAGGUUGGUGUAUGAUUUUGGACAGGGAUGGACCAGCAUGAUCUGGUAGGGUAGGGGAGGGGAGGGGAGGGGAGGGGAGGGGGUGGGGUGCUCUGCCAGCUCUGACCAGUGCCAAGUUGUGUUCCACACCCCCAGUAAAUCCAUCCCUGAUUGUGGAUGUUAAAGAGUGACUGGAAGUGAGGUCCCAACGAUUACGGUUAAGGAUUAUAGUCAGGACUGCGAUUAAGAUUAGGGUUAGAUUUAUAUAAGAUUAAGAGUUAGUACUGCAAGAAAAGUGCUGCCUCAAACUUGACGCUCUCGAUAAAUAGAUCGGAAAAACGACUAGGCAUAUAUACAUUUCGAGAUACAUUGGGCUAUUAGGUAUAGGGUUAGGGUUAGGACUAGGAUUAUUAGGGCUAAGAUUGGGGGUGCGAUUAGGAUUAGUAUCAGGGUUAGGGUUGUAUAAAAAUUGAGGUUAUUAAUCGAUAUGGAAAUCGACCAAAACAAUUUCGGUCUAGAUCGUAAAUUCCACAACAACAAUCUUUAAAAAAAAAUUUUAUACUCAGAAAAUUACAAAAGAAUCGUUUACAACAAAAUUAUUAACAAAAACACAAACACACAAUAAAUACAGAAUGAAUACACUCAGAAACGGAUUAGUCUUAGAUAUAUAUUUGAAAAACAGUAGGUAGCCACUUUAACGUUAAGUCUUAAACCCAUCAACGCGUAUAAAAUAUUCAUGAAAGUGUUGUCAUGGUUAUGAAUUAUUAUGUGAUAUAUAUCUACUUCAGCAUGUCAUUCUGACCAUAUCAUCUGCUGUCUAUACUUGUUGUGUUCAGUUCCUCAGAAGAAGUCGAUUCACGAUGGAGUUCGUUCAUUUUAUCAACCUGAUAUUUAUAUUUACUUUGAACGUAUUGUUCUUUUUCUCAGGGAUAUGUUUAAAUUCCUUGGUCAUACUCAGUUUCAGGAGAUCUGCGCAACUUCGAAAGAAAUUGUGUUAUUUCAUGAUAAUGGUUUUGUCGUGUUGCGAUUUGCUCGUGGUUUUAACUAACAAUCCACUCUUGGCCUCUGUCUCGAUAUUGUUGCUGACUGAAAAAUUGGAUGAAUAUCCCAGGUGGGCGGCUAUUCCCAUAACGUUAACAAAUAUUUUCUUUGGUUUUUCUUUACUCGCUCUUUUGGUGAUGAAUUUUGAUCGAUAUUUGGCGACAUAUUAUCCUAUCUUUCAUCGAACAUCGGUAACGAAGGGAAAACUUUUAACUCUUCUGGCAAUUCUGAUUAGUGUCUUGCUUACUUUGACAUUGAUGUCUGCAAACGACUUUCUUAUUUCCAUCGCAGCUUGUGUUCUAAUAUUUUUUAUUCUUGUCUUUCCUCCCAUGGUGUUCAUCAACUACAAAUUAUUUACAAUCGCGAGGAAAAGUCGUAGAAACAAUGGAAUAUCGCCCGAGAUGAAGAAGACGUUUUCUUUGAAAAAUAUAUCGAGUUGUUUGCUAGCAGUCGCUUGUUUUGUGGUGUUAUCCAUUCCGGCGUUUGUCUACUUUGGACUAAGAACAACAACGAGAGAGAAAAAAUAUAUUUUGGAUAACACACUCCUUACAGGACUCUGGGGUAAAACCAUUGCUUCAUUUAAUUCAACAUUUAACUGCUUAAUCUUCUACUGGAAAAACAAGAUUUUACGUACCGAGGGAAUGAAAGUUAUCAAAAACAUGAAAAUAUAUCGACGAUUCCGAUCCCAGUCAGACCAUUAAGUAUUCUUCGGCAAACUAUUGAACCGUUGGCUUUCUCCGAGCACUCUGCAUGGUUUUUUCAUUACAUUGCAAUGGACCUCUUAGCUCUUGUGGGAACAAUUUAGAACUGGUAGAGUUACCUAUAGUAUAAAGAAAAUUCGUUUAGUUAAGGUUUCCUUUUCUGGUAUCACUGGGCCACUGGCUCAUUAAUGAAUGUCCUUACUGAACGUCAAGAAAAAACAAUUUGGAAUUGAUAGACCUGUAUAAAUAAAGUUAGUUUCCUCCCGUAGUAACACUGGCCCCAUUAAUAAACGGUCCUUACUGAACCUUUAAAGCAAAGAACUUAUGGCUGAUAGAGCUUUCCAGUAUAAAUAAAGUCAGUUUAAGUAUAUUGAACAGUUUUUAGCCUAACACACGAUCGACUUUUGUACUUGGCUUAGCGGUAGAUGUGCUUAGACCUACAUAAAAAAUCACAUGCACAAAUCAAUCUGAGAUCGAGAUUUAAAGUCAUAUAUAGUUAAAGUUACAGUGAGUCGAAACAUGUUUAGGUGGCUCAAUACAGUUUUUUAAAAAUUGAAUUACGUUGACAGUUUUAAAAAAAUAGCAAAGGCAGUUGCGUAACAUUUGUGCAAAAAUUCAAACUCUUUAGAUGUUGUUUUAUAUCAGUAAGGUACUUUUUGUUUUUCAACAUGUAUAGCCUAAUAAUUAUCCAACAAUACGGAUCUGAAUCGUGAGUUUUCCAGUUUUUUAAAAAAGCUGUAUUGAGCCACCUUAAAUUGAUUUGCGUGCCGUGUAAAUAGGAAUAAUUUAAGUCUCAUCCACUUGUACAUAAAUGUAUAUUGUGUCGUUGUCACAAGCGUACGAGUUGACAUUUUAAUAUUAAUGUUUACAAUAGUCAUAGAAUGACAGAUUCAAAUUUGUUUCAUUAAGUUCAUAUUGCAUGCAGUAGAGUGAUGAGUUUUCGAUGUAUCUUACAAAUAAUUAAAUCCCAGAAAUACUCGUAAAUAGUUCUAUGUAUUUUUUAAAUGUAUCCUUUUAAGAUUGACUUUACAUUUAAUGGCUGAUUCCAGGUAUGGACUAAAUUUUGAUCUAGGCAAGAAGAUCAAAAUCCAUCACCAUAGCUAGAAAGAGCAUGUUAAAAUUAGUAAAAUUGCAAAGUUUGGUUGCGAAAUGUUGUAAAAUGCGGAAAACAUAUACCCCUGCGAAAUGUGCAAAUUUUGUAUUAAUUUGUAUUACGCACUGGAAAAUGCAUCGCUUUCGGCCCAAAUGUGGUCCAUUUUCCCGCAGGUAAUACAAUUGACCAUUUGCGUAACAGACUAAAUUUUGAACUAAACAAGUCUAGACAAAAAUUUCAUCACAGCUUGAAAGAGCAUCACAAAAUUAGUAAUAUUCCAAAGUUUCGUUGCGAAAUGUUGUAAAAUGCGGAAAAUAUAGCCUUGCGAAAUUUGCAAUUUUCAGUCAUUUUAGAUUACAAACAGGAAAUUGACAGCCCCAAACCCUUCGAGGCUGUCAAUUUCCGGUUUGUAAUCUAAAAUGACUGAAAAUUGCAAAUUUCGCAAGGCUAUAUUUUCCGCAUUUUACAACAUUUUGCAACGAAACUUUGGAAUAUUACUAAUUUUGUGAUGCUCUUUCAAGCUGUAAGGAAAUUUUUGUUGAGAUCAAAAUUUAGUCUAUUACGCAAAUGGUCAAUUAAUACAAAAUUUUCAAAUUUCGCAGGGCUAUAUUUUCCGCAUUUUACACCAUUUCGCGGCCAAACUUUGCAAUUUUACGAAUUUUAACAUGCUCUUUCUAGCUGUGGUGGAUGGAUUUUGUUCUUCUUGCCUAGAUCAAAAUUUAGUCUUUAGCUGGAAUGAUGGAAUCAUCGAUCCAUUCCGCGUGUCUGUAUAAGAGACGUGUUCCUUCUAUUUACUUUCUAUUCAUCUGUCAAUAAGCCCAUGAUAAUGUCGGGCAAUUUCCAUCUUUUCCAUUCCGCACUCUGCAAAAAUUUUUUAUAAUCAAUGAAACCUAUAAUCUUAUACGUUGUCCCAGUAUAGUGUUAUAAAGAUCAUAGAAUAGAAAUGGAGCAGCCGGCGCCUGUCGAAAUAUACAGGUGGUAUUUCCAUAAUAAAUUACAUUAGCGUUACUAUGUUAGUUGUCAUGGGAUAAUAUUGUGUUUAUGCUUGCCUAUUUUGUCCAAAACGUCGAUGACAAUGGAGCUAAAUGAUUUUGUCAACUACACAUUUAUAUUUAUUGUGAACGUAUUCUUCUUUUUCUCAGGAAUAUGUUUAAAUACCUUGGUCAUACUCAGUUUCCGGAGGUCUGUGCAACUUCGAAAGAAAUUGUGUUAUUUCAUGAUAAUGGUUUUGUCCUGUUGCGAUUUGCUCGUGGUUUUAACUAGCAAUCCAUUGUUGGCUCUUAUCGCGAUGUUAUGGCUAACUGAAAGGUUGGAUGCAUUCACUUCGUGGAUGGAUGUUUCCUCAAGCUUGUCAAAUAUUUUCGUUGGCUUUUCUUUUCUCGCUCUUCUGGUGAUGAAUUUUGAUCGAUAUUUGGCGACAUCUUAUCCUAUCUUUCAUCGCACGUCUGUGACAAAGGGAAGACUUUUAAUUCUUCAUGCAAUACUAAGUGUUAUCCAAGCAACUUUUGUGCUGUUAUCUGUAAACGAAUUCGUAAUUUCCAACGCAGUUCUUGUGAUAAUUUCAUUUGUUGUUCUAUCUCCUCCGAUGUUGUUCAUCAACUACAAAUUAUUCAUAGUCAUCAGGAAAAGUCGUAAAAACAACAGAAUAUCGCCCCAGAUGUCCUUGAGAAACCUAUCGAGUUGCUUGCUGGCGGUCGCCUGUUUUGUGGUGCUAUUGUGCAUUCCAGCGUUCGUCUAUGCUGUACUAAGGAUAAUAUCGAAAAAGGAGGAACUUACUUUGGAUAAUGCAACAAUUGCAGGAUUCUGGAGUAAAAGCAUAGUCUCGAUGAAUGGUACAUUUAACUGCUUAAUCUUUUACUGGAAAAACAAGAUUUUACGCACCGAGGGAAUGAAAAUUAUUAAAGGCAUGAAAAUAUGUCGACGAUUCCGAUCACUGUCCGACCAUUAAGUAUUCUUCGGCAAACUAUUGAACCGUUGGCUUUCUCCGAGCACUCUUGCAAUGGACCUCUUGCAAGAGCAAGGUACUUGUUGAGGCAUUACGCUUGCCUUUCAAGCUGAGAGACCCGUUGGUCGAACCUGAUCUACUCAUGCAAGAUCUUAAAAUAAUUGAAGAGAAAGAGCUACCUAUACAUUGACAUCAGUAAAUGGUUAUGGACUUUCGCCUCUUUCAACGAACUAAACUAAACUAUCCAGUACGAAUAAAGUUAGUUUAGUUAAGGUUUCCUUUUCUGGAAUCACUGGGAACUGGCUCAUUAAUAAAUAGCCACUUAACAUCAAGAAAGAAUAGUUUGGAACUGAUAAGGCUAUCAAGUAUAAACAGAGUCAGUUUAGUGUAGGUUUUCUCCCAUAGUAACACUGUCUCUAUUAGUUAACAGUCCUUAUUGAACCUUUAAAGCGAACAAUUUACAACUGACAGAGCAAAUAAAGUCAGUUUAGUUAAUGAGAAGUUUUAGCCUAACACACGAUCGACUUUUGUGUUUGAUUUAGCGGUGAGAUGAAACGUGUAUGUCGCUGUAUAAUUAAAAUAUAUUUUGAAAUUGAUUGACAAUCUUUCAUUUAUAUGUUAGAGUUGUUUUUCGAAACUGCAUAUACUAAUAACUACCAAAAACAGGUGUUACAUAUAUACACUAUCAAAGUUUCUGUGAUCAAAGUAGGAAUUUUGCAUGGGUAAAUUCUAAAUUUUGAAGGAUUUGUAAAACAAUAUUUGAGAGAACUGACUCGUAGUUUAACAGUGAGUCAGUGGCCUCGAGCGUUUCUUAGAAAUCCUUCAAAUUUGUAUUUGAUCACAGAAACGUUGGUAUAGAGAUAGAAACCAGCCUUUACUUGAACUGCACAGCGCUGGACAUUUGAACAUUAUUUCAUUUGUAAAAUGAAUGGAAAGAAGAAUUUUUCCUAUUUGGAAGAAAAAAACUUUUCCUUUGCCCCCAGUGAAAACACCUUAAAAAGGCACUGAAUCAGAUAUUUAUCAAAGGAUACAUAAAAGUUUCCUUUGCCCCCAGUAAAAAUUCCUUAUAAAAAGGCACUGAAUCAUGCAGAUAUUUAUGACAGGAUGUAAUAUAAUUCAAAUCCGACCAUGAAGGCUGGACUAGAUCAAAAUGUGAGAAAUCUAGUCCAGUCCGAUUUGGAGGAUUUGCAAUGACCUCUCAUACGAAUGAAUCACUACUGAAAGUGAGGUGAAUUAAUUUUGAUCCAGUCCAAGGAUUAAAUUAAUUUUAAUCCAGUCCUAGGAUUGGAUCAAUAUACUUUACCAGGUAUCCAGUAUUAUCAUGUGAGCAAAAUAAAGCAAUAUGGUUGGUUAAUUUAUCAUGGUUGGCUAAUUUAUCAUUUAUCAUUUUACACCUUCCUCUAGGUAAGAGCAGGCCAUGUCUGGGAUGUCGAGCAUUGAUUGAACGGAAUUUGUCAAAAAUUCUACCUGCAAUCUUGAGAGAUAUGACAGAUUGGACUGCUGGCACCAGAAUAAAGGUAAUACUGCAUGGUCUAUCUAUAAACUAAACUAAACUGGAGGGUACUCCGCAGGCCUCUCUAUGGGUUUUAGCCUGGUAAUUUUUUUUCAAAACCCAUUCGCAGGUACUCGGACACUCGUUACUUCCGCCAGCGAAUUAAGUUGUGCAUCAUGCAGAAAUUCUACAAUUCUAUAUUGCGCUAAUUACAUAUUUAGUUUAAUUAAUCUGCCCGGCAAAGCAAGACGAAGUUUUGCUAAUUUCUCAUUCAAUUUUCAUCCUCAUGUUUUAUCAAUUUGUCCUUCGUAUUAAAACGUUUGAUAUUUUUAAAAUUAAAAUUGACCUUUCCCCAGGGGCCCUCCCCUGAAUUUUCAGAGGAGGUGCAAAACGAUCUCAGGAGAGGAGUGCACCUCCCCACACCUCCCAUCCGGUCAUGAUCUAUUCUAAACACUCACCAAUGAUUCUCUGUAUUCAGGCAGCUUCGUUGUUAUAUCAUAUGUUAUAUUAUGCUGAAGACAAUGCCACCCAGCACAUCGAAGCUUUGUUAGGAGGACUGUAUAAAGGCUGUCGAGAUGAGGAGAGCAGUGUGGUCAAAGAGGUAUAAUAUUGCGAACUUAAUAUGCACGUUGUCGGCUUGGUUAUUAUUUGGAAGUAGUAGAUCUUGACAUACUCUAUCAAGAUAUUAUGAUCUGGAAACUUAAUAGAAGUCAUUGUGUUUUGUCUGAGUUUAUGUUAAUUUGUGCAUGGUCACGAUGAUUGAGCUCAUUGUAUUUUCAUAUAAUGAAGUAAUCGCCCACUAUAGGGAUAGCUGAGAUGAAACGUGCAACCACGAUGAGUAAUAUUUAAUGAAGUUCAGACAAAGGAUUUGUGUGUGGUGAGGUACAGUUCAACAUCAAACAAAGGUCUUCUAUUUUGUAGCUUUGAAGUUUGGCGGGUUUCCAGACCAUCAUAUCUUGACACACUAUGUUCUGUGAUGUUAUUAAGCAUCUAUGGAACGUUUCCGAUUUUUACCGGACAGAAUAAUGUGUACUAUGUACCCUUGAAACUCCUCAUGAACGACAAGUUCACUUUGACUCUUUUGAAUUCACAAUGGCCCCACAAUGUAUACGUUCAGGGCAGGAAAGGGGAAUUUUCUUCCUGGGAGCACAACCUGGAGACAAAAAAUUCCUGCAGACCAACGGAGUAUUUUUGUGCUAAAUCUACAUAUGCAUAUAAACAUAUAGUGUUCUAGCUGACCAUGGUUUUAAAUUCAAGGAAUAAUGUCUGCAUCAACCUAUAUGUUGUUGCACCAAUAGUGGGACAUCAUGGGUGUUAAGGUUUCCUUCAAAUUUUUAAUAGCAAAUCUUCAUUCAAACGAAUUUCCUGUUGUUUAACAUUUCCGGCUGUUUAACAUUUCCUGCGAGAAGUGCUCGCGUGCUCGCCUAUUUUUUUCCACCCCUGUAUACGUUACUAUAUUUUUGUUAGACUUCGUAGAUUUGCACAAUGGUUGACACUCGAAUACUGCCUACAUUUGUGAGAUGUCAUUUAUGGUAUAAACAAUUAACUCGUGUAUGUUUUCGUGUAAGGUUCUAGCAAGUGCUGAACUGGUAGGACAACACGUGGAACCUGCAGUGUACUUGAAACUUUGCCUUCCACAUCUCACAUCAGCUAGUACCACCUCAACUCAACAAACUGCAAGUGUUCUCAAAAUAUUGACAGCCACGGUGAAAGGAACUUCGGACGAGAGAAUAAAGCCACAUUUAAAGGUAAAAUAUUUUUUUCAAUGAUAAUCGAUGAAAAGGUUGGGAUUAAGUAUCACAGUGUAUUACAGUGAAAUGUAACAAGGAUAUAACGAACUCGACUACUGCCCCCCCCCCCCCUAAAAUCAGUAGGUACCUGGACAUCAUCAGUAUAAUUGUACAAUUAAGUUUGACCAUCCCCAAACAAGAAGAAGCCCUUUUCGGUUCAUUACUACGAUCUCCUCGCAUCAGGUUAAGUUCCGUCCUUCGCAAUUCAGCUUAUCCGACAGCUGCAAGUAAGCUGGGAUGGAUCCGGCAUGAUCUGGUAGGGGGGUGCUCUGCCAGCUCUGGUGCCGAGUUGUGUCGGUCAUGUGUGCCGCCCGCCCAUCAAAUACUGUAUUUGAAUUGUAAUUGUUGUUCACAGUUCGCAUAUGAUCAUGUUAUUGCUCAAAUUACUGUAUCUCAUUUUGUCUGUAUUAUUUCUUGCUGUAUCAUGAAAAAUAGCAUCCCCCUGUACCUCCUCUGGCCAGGGCUAUGGUUGGUGCGAUCAUCAUUACUUGCAGCUGAGAGCUAAGCUGAAUUGCGAAUGAUGCAGCUCAACGUUCCUGAUCCUGAAAUGUUAUUCCUGAUCCUGAAAUGUUAUUCCUGAUCCUGAAAUGUUAUUCCUGAUCCUGAAAUGUUAUUCCUGAUCCUGAAAUGUUAUUCCUGAUCCUGAAAUGUUAUUCCUGAUCCUGAAACGUAAUCCAGUCGACUAAGGCUUGCUAAGGCCGCCUCUGCAUGGCAGCCACCUUAUGACUCAUGUCUGAUCAUGGAGCACAGUUACUGUGGAAGGGUCAGUUAGUGGUAAUCCCAACCCACCCUGUUCCCACCGGAGGAAAGUCACGACUUUUGGUAGAGCGUUGUCGGACUCUUUUCACAUAAGUGUCAUGAGUCCCCAGCGGGAAUCGAACCCACGAUCUCAGAGGUGAAAUGCGCUUUCUCUGACGAUUGUGCCACCGCAGUUAUUUCUGUCCAUGAUUCUGUGUGUUUGUUAUCAGGUUGUUUGUGAUGCCGUAGUCAUUCCAGAUGUCUGUGAUACAGAGAGCGCAGACAACCAAGAACAGUUAUUGUGUUUGGUUGAAAUAAUCACGUCUAAAUCCGGUGAACAAUGUGCGCAAUACAGUCUGCAGUUGUUUAUCGUUGUUCUCCACCUUAUGUCUUUACAACGAGAAGGAAUGUUUGAUGAAAAGGUAGGUGAUGUGUUUUGUAAAGAUUGGUUUACACUAUCAAAGUUUCUGUGAUCACAGUAGGAAUUUUGCAUAAAUAAAUUCUAAGUUUUAAAGGAUUUGUAAUAAAUGUUUGAGGGAGUCAGUGUUAAACAGUGAGUCAGUUUCCUCCUUCGAUAUCACUAAAACACACACAUAUUUUUUGAAAAACUCUCAACCUACCUCCUAGGAAAAUUUAAGGUGAAAACCUUUCCUCCCCCAUUGGAUAUCCAUACCUGUCAAUAUAGAGGAGGAGUAGUGCGCAUAUGAAAUGAAUGGCCCAUUAUUAAGACCGAAAUUUGACGGAUAAAUUUUUAUGACUGCGGCACUUUAACAGACCAGGCGAUCUACUUUCUUUCUAGAUUAGAAAUUGCCUCAAGAAUAUAGCUGUUAACUUACAAUUUGAAGGCGCAAGAGAUCUUUAUAAGCUUCAUACGAAAGACGUUAUUGAAAAACUAAAGGUAUGUUUAUCUAUGUAACUCCAACGCGUAAAGGCGAUCAAUAAGAAUGAGAAUAUGCACAUCAAAAUAUUCAACUGUUCAAUCAUCAUUUGAAUAUGCAGAAAGUUGCCCUAAGAACAAUUAGUUUCUACAUAGGUGAUCAUCUUUAAAUUAGAAAAUAUACACAAAACAAAAUAUGCUAGCACAGAAGUCGAGAUUUUUUGGUAUCUCGUUGGAUAGAGGAAUUUUGUAGAUGGAAAUUGCGAACUGAAGAUUAUGUACAGUUUUAGAACAAACCAGGAGCAGUUGGGAAAAAUACAACUAUAAGCCCUCUGGCAAGAAUCGAACCUGCAACUGAGCUGCAGAGUCCAGUUGUCGAGCUCUGACUGGGUGAUGCCUGCAUACGGUAUAGCCUAUGGGUAAAUAUCGAGCUUAUUAGCCUAGUGGAAAACAGGCUUACCAUGCCCCUUAUUUUUUGUUCAGGAAAGUCAUACAUCAUGGACAAGUCACUCCUCAUCCAGAUUAUUGUUUAAUACGCUACUGCUGAAUGCGGGUCCUGUCGUUGGAACAUUACUUUCAGAUAUCGUACCCAUGGUCACAGUUUGCCUUAAUCCAGAAAAAGACCCGGAGUUAAGGCUAAAGUAAGUUUGGUCAUAUUUCUCAACACUAGUGGUGUUCGAGGCACAGUGUUCAGUGCAUAUGCCUUUCAGAUCUGUGACCGGGAUGUGAUUCAUGCCACAUCGGUCGCAUGUGAGUAGAAAGCUUUUAAACUGGCUGUAUCAAAUAUCGCAGAAUUUUUCCAGACCAAUAAAGAAUACGGUCCUUAUUGUUUUAUCAUCCUUCAGCAACAUUGGGCCACCUAUCCACCCCUACCACCUACCUAAUAAGUGAUACCACCUACCUUCCUACCCACCUACUUAAUUCCUGCCCAUCUGCCUCCCUACCUAAUAAGGGAUACCCACCUACGUUCCUACCCACCUAACUCCUUACCCACCUCCUCCCUACCUUCCCACCCACCUACUUCCCUACUUAAUAAGGGAUACCCACCUUCCUUCCUUCCUACCUCCCUACGUGGUAAGGGAUACUCACUUACCUCCCUACAUAAGGGAUACUCACCUCCCUACAUAAUAAAGGAUACCCACCUACCUCCUUCCCUUCCCAUACACACCCAUCUACUACCUCCCCACAAAAAGGGAUAGAAUCUCUUACUGGACCUUCAUGGAGAACAGUUUAGAACUGCAUGAUAUGAGGAACUGGUAGAACAAUCCAGUCUGAAUAAAGUCCGUUUAAAUCUGGGUACUCCAGUUUCCUCUUCUGCAGUAACAGUGGAGGAGUUUGCCCUACUAACGCCUUGGGCCCUCAUUCCAAGCUUUCGCUACAUCUCAGAAAGCUAAUACACCUUCUCGCAACUGGUGUUUAGGUUUUUCUCGUUGUUAUCAAAACUAUCAGUGGACUCUGCCAACACCAUCAACUCCACAAGCGAGUUUCCACAGCAUUCCCGGACAGUUCUCGUUGAUUGUAUAAUACCAAAUCUUGUGUGGAAAGCUGGAAGGUAUGUUAGGACUCCCUCAGACCAAGUGACUUGACUUAGACUCACGCCAAGUGACCUGACUUAGACUCAGACUCAUGAUUUGUGAUUUGACUUGGAUUCAGACCAAAUGAUUUGUGAUUUGUCUUGGAUUCAGACCAAAUGACUUGUGACUUGACUUGGUCUCAGACCAAAUGACUUGUGACUUGACUUGGACUCAGACCAAAUGACUUGUAAUUUAACUUGGAUUCAGACCAAAUGAUUUGUGACUUAACUUGGUCUCAGACCAAAUGACUUGUGACUUGACUUAGCCUCAGACCAAAUGAUUUGUGACUUGACUUGGUCUCAGACCAAAUGACUUGUGACCUGACUUAGACUCAGACCAAAUGUUUUGUGGCAUAAAAUGUCUGGAUUACGAACUAAAUCAUUAUCCAUGAUGUAUUUGUAUUAACACGACUGUUGUAAUUGAUUCUCACUAGGGUAGCCAUUGCUAUACGUACGGCCGCAAUAUCUACUUUAUGGGCAAUACUUCAUGCUGAUCUGUUACCCGUCGAGACUUGCAAUAGCACAUUGAAAGAUCUUUUGACGCAGGUAACUACUCGUUGUAAAAACUCGCAAGUUUUUGUUAUUGUAUUGUGAUUUAAGUAUUCAAUCCGGUACCGUUUAACCAAAAGGUAAUUUUGUAUCGAGUUGGUUAGACAAAGCAAAACUGUUCAUUUCUUGUUCAUUUUUUUAUCAUGCAGAUUAUCUCGUGUCUGGAUGAUCACAGCCCAACAACGAGGUCAAUUACCUCUCAAGUUUUAGAGAAAUUAUUGACGCUUUGCAAAGAUCAUUAUAACGGUAGGUACGCACGUAAAAACACACAAGUUGCAACAAACCUGCAGCAGACUUGUAGCAAUGCUGUUCCAACAACUUGUCAACAGGAUGUGUUCGCACUGCUUGUUCCCAGCUUGUUGACAAGUUGUCAACGGCUUGUUGACAACUUGCUACUACACACGCAAAAAUGUCGCAUCUCGUAGCAAGUCUACCAACAAGCCAAGUCAGCACGUUGUGUUCGCAUUGCUUGUCCCAAGUUGUCAACAAGUUUGGAACAAGCUGUUAGCAACUUGUAACAAUUUUGAUGGCAUUAUCAGACUUGUUGCAAGGUUGUUCCAACAAGUCCGAACAGUCAUGACAUAACAAUAUUGUUACAACCUCGUGUCGUCAACCUUGUAACAUUCUUGUUAUAUCAUGAUUGUAUAUAUGAGACUUGUUACAAGUUGUUCCAACAACUUGUUAUCAUCCUGGGGCCGGUUGUAUAAAACUCUUAAUCACUUUUUUAAUCACUAGUUUGUAGUUAAAUAGUGAUUAACUCUCAAAUACGCGCUUCUUAUUGGAUGACGUUUCCACUAACUAUAGUUAACUUUAAUCACUUUUUUAUACAACCGGCCCCUGCAAUUCAACGAUUUGUCAACAAGUUGCGAGUGGUAACCUUGUACACAUGUAAAAACGCACAAGUUGUUACAGGUCUGCAAACAAGUUGUUACAAUUAGUCUACCAACAAGCCGUCAACAAGUUGUGUUCGCACUGCUUGUUUAUUAUAAGUAAUAUCAUGAAAUGAGGAGUAUUAGUCAUUAAACCACCCGCUCGACGAGGGUCAUUUAUUAAAAUUCCCGAGGGCCGUAGGCCCGAGGGAAUUUUAAUAAAUGACCCGAGUCGAGCGGGUGAUUUAAUGACUAAUACUCCUCAUUUCAUGAUAUUACUUUGUAAUAUUAUUUUUGCGUGAAUUUCACCCAAAUCAGUGUUCAGACACUGUCAAUGAUGUCGGCGGAGCGUUAUAGUAUGUCAUAAUUUUGUGACUGUAAUUUUGCUCAAACUUUCCAGGUGAUGUGGUAAUACUAAUACGACCCGUAGUGACGUCAACUGAGGUCGUAUUAGUUCUAAUACGACCUGUACAUUUGAGUAGGCGAGUGAAUUAGUUACUAAUACAGCACAAUAGAACAAUAGAAAUUCACGCAAACAUGAUAUUACAGUUGUUGUAACAAGCUGUUAACAACUUGCAACAAGCUUGAUGGCAUUAUCUGACUUGCUACAAGGUUGUUCUAACAAGUCUGAUACAGUCAUGAUAUAACAAGAAUGCUACAAGGUUGACGACACAAGGUUGUAACAAUAUUGUUAUAUCAUGACUGUAUCGGACUUGUUGGAACAACCUUGCAACAAGUCUGAUAAUGCCAUCAAGCUUGUUACAAGUUGUUAACAGCUUGUUCGAAACUUGUUGACAACUUGGGACAAGCAGUGCGAACACAAUUUGUUGACGAACACAAUUUGCUAAGAUGUGAGAUUUUUGCGUGUGUACACACGUACCUCUAGCGUAUUCGAGAGUAUGCUUAUCGUAUAAACCAUAAGUCCGAAUACGCACAAAAUCUUUAAGCUUGCUAAAGGCCCUGUCACACUAUUGCGUAUCGUACUAGCGUAUGCCAGCGUAUGAAAAAUAUCACUCAUACGCUGAUACGCCGGUAUACGCUGACAUACGCCAGGGGUACGUUAGGCAUAGGUUGUAUACGUUUCAAGUACGGUCGCAUACGGUGGUAUACGCUGGCAUACGGCGAGGCAGAAAAUUUUUUUUGAGCAUGUUCAAAAAUUUUGUGCGUAUCGGACGUAUGCUUUAUACGAUAAGCAUACUCUAGGCACACGCUGAAUACGCUAGAGGUACGCCAGAUGUACGGUACUCAUACGCUGGCAUUUAAAGGAUUUUUGUGCGUAUGAAAAUUAUUUCAUUAAUUUUCAUACGCUUCUCAUACGUUUCUCUCAUACGCAAUAGUGUGACAGGGCCUUUAAAAAAAGGUUUUGCCUCAGCGUAUGCCACCGUAUGCGACCGUGCUUGAAACGUAUACAACCUAUGCCUAACGCACCCCUAGCGUAUGUCAGCGUUUUCCAGCGUAUGAGUGAUAUUUUUCAUACGCUGGCAUACCCUAGCACGACACGCAAUAGUGUGACAGGGCCUUUAACUACAGGCGCUUGGACCUUAAAAUAUCUGCCUUUUUGCUUGUGUGAUGUUACUCUGUUACACAAGCAUCUUAUUCACCUGAGUACAUUACACCAACACAGCAAAAAUAUCAUCUGCCUUUUUGUUGCCAUUUUUCAGUUGAUCUCCUGCAUUCACUGUAUCCUGAACUAUUGAAGAGAAUGGAUGAUAGCAGCGAUGAAAUUAGGGUGUUUGUCACCAAAACAUUAUUGGCUUUCUUCAGGUAUGAUACGUUUCAAAGAACAGUUGACGUUUAUAUAGCUGCACUUCUGUUAAUAAUAAGAAAUUACGGGAACCACUGAGUAUUUUGAUAAAAUACCAAACAAUAGAUACUCCGAAAAUUGAAAGCAUUUUGAAAAAAAAUGCAUUUUGAAAAAUGCUUUCAAUUUUCGGAGUAUCUAUUGUUUUGUAUUUUAAUAAGAAAUUGUUUUGUAUGUUUAUAGAGCUUUCCCGUCAGAUUAUGAUAAAGAUCUAUAUAAACUUCACCUUGAAGCGAUGUUUAAAGGAUUGUUGGUACAUUUGGAUGACUCUUCAUCUCAUAUCCAGGUACCUUAAACAGAGGGCAAUUCUAUUUUGCCUUCAUCUUGUGCCUCUAAGGCCAGUAGGUACAUUUCUGUAUGUCGGUGGCGUUUCAAAUGUCUUGUGGGCUCCUUCGCAAAAUGGAAUUGCCCCCCGAUAUGGUGAGUUUUUAUUCAUUUUGUAUCCUCUAUCUGCCUGACUUUUUGUUUGUCUUUCCUAGGAAGGGGUACUGUUAUGUUUAAAAGAGGCAAGUAAUAUCAGUCCCUCCAUAAUGAAGGAACAAGUCAAGCUGGUUCAACAUAAACACAGAGUUUCAAGGUUUUUAUAUCUACUUAUGCUAUCAUAUACUGUACAUGCAGUCGCUGCUCUAGGUACACAGUCACGUAAAAAUCUCACAUCUUGUAGCAAGUCUGCCAACAAGUCGUCAACAAGUUGUGUUCGCACUGCUUGUCCCAAGUUAUCAACAAGUUUGGAACAAGCUGUUAACAAUUUGUACCAACAUUGUUGAUAUUAUCAGGCUUGUUACAAGAUUGUUCCAACAAGUCCGAUACAGUCAUGAUAUAACAAUAUUGUUACAACCUUGUGUGGUCAACCUUGUAGCAUUCUUGUUCAUCAUGACUGUAUCAGACUUGUUAGAACAACCUUGUGACAAGUCUGAUAAUGCCAUCAAGCUUGUUACAAGCUGUGAUCUCACCUACACACGUAAAAACGCACAAGUUGUUACAAGUCUGUUCGCAAGCUGUCAACAAGUUGUGCUCGCACUGCUUGUUCCCAGUUUGUUGUAACAAGUUUGAAACAAGCUGUUAACAACUUGUAACAAGCUUGAUGGCAUUAUCAGCCUUGUUACAAGAUUGUGCUAACAAGUUUGUUACAGCCAUGAUAUAACAAGGUUGCACGCGUAAAAACGCACAGCUUGUAACAAGUCUGCAAACAAGUUGUUACAAGUCUGUUCACAAGCUGUCAACAAGUUGUGCUCGCACUGCUUGUUCCAGUUUGUUGUAACAAGUUUGGAACAAGCUGUUAACAACUUGUAACAAGCUUGAUGGCAUUAUCAGCCUUGUUACAAGUUUGCUCUAACAUGUUUGUUACAGCCAUGUUAUAACAAGGAUGUUACAAUCAUGUUAUACCAAGCAUGUCACAGACUUGUCAGAAGAACCUUGCAACAAGUCUGAUAAUUUCGACAAGGUUGUUACAAGUUGUCAACAAGUUGUUCCAAACCUGUUGACAACUUGUGAUAAGCAGUGCGAAUACAUCUUGUUAACAGCUUGUGAACAGACUUGUAACAAACUUGUGCGUUUUUACAUGUGUAGCCAGGCUGGCUCGUUUCUGAUAUGAACACAAAUUAAAUUUUGCAUGCGUUAAGGUGGCUCCCUACAGUUGUAAAGAAACAGCAGCGAAAAAUAAGGUCUUCACAAUGACGCAAUGUAUUUGCUAUUGAUGUGAGAUGGGGAUUUUUUUGGAAGUAGAAACGCUUACGUAAUCUUUAUACUUCAAGCAUAAUCGUUCGAAAGAAGCAAAUUGGGUGUUGCUAUGGUAACAAUGUGGCGUAAGCGACAGCAGACAAAGAUCAAAUUUUGGACUAAAAAUGAAUGUAUUAAAAUUUGCUUCGGUCAAAGUUUCUGAAAUUUUGUUGGUAUAAAGGGAAUAUCUAGCGGGAGAUUAAUCAAAAAAUUAGACAGGGUUAUAAAUUCAGUUUUUGAGAUAUUACGCAAACUUUAUUCCACAAAAACGGUUUAUAGAAUUUUUUAAAAAUUGAGUAUAUUGCAAUAAAUGACUAGUACUUUUAAAAUACAAAAUUUCAGAAAAACUAAAUGAAGGGAAAAAAGUUAUUGCAUUGCAAACCUUGCGCGGUCAAAUUAAAUUUUUGCUGACGUGAAUUUCGUUACCAGUCCCAUGCUUAAAAACUGUAGGGAGCCACUUUAACAAAGGACAUGCAGAUCUCACACUGCAGGUGAGUUUCCCCCGGUUAGCUGGGCAUCAUGUGAACACACAGGCCCUAUAAGGCGUAUUUCUCUGUUUCAGAUAUUGCGACGAACUGCUACAAUAUAUUAACAAUACUACCACACCUUGAUCAUCAAAGACACCAUAGAGUGUAGUCGACUUUGCCUUUGAGUCAUCGCGUGCAUUGUUCCUUCUGGGAAAAUGCUGCAAUUUGAAUCCAUCGUCACCACAACACAAUCACGUGUUCCACGUGGAAAAUGCCCAGCCUGGCGAGCCAAGUGCUUGUGAAGUGGAAAUUACUUUGGCAUUUCACGAUUUGUAUCCUUUACAGACCUGUUUGUAUGGAGGCGAGUUACCCGGCAAGGCAUCUCGCUCGCGGCCGGUUUACAAAAGCUUUAUCCAGUGCACCUCUAUAAAUUCUGGACAUUUAAUACCCACAGGAAAAUUUUUCCAUAUAUGGGUUUUGAAUGGUUUUUAAAGAUUUAGCAUGUAUAUUAUCAAUGUAAAAACUGAACUCUUACCAUUGUAGGUUGUUAUAGGUUUCCCAUAUGGUAAAUUGGUAAAAACCAUGAUGUUUAAUAUUUAACAAAUAUAAAACAUGUUCCGUGUUGAUAUAUAGUUAUAUCAACACGAGUAGAAAUUGGGAAAACGAGAAAUUGUGUGGAAACACGACGCCCGAAGGGCGGAGUGUUUUCACACAAUUUCGUCGAGUUUUCCCAAUUUCCACGAGUGUUGAUAUAACUAUAUAUCAAUACGGAAAAAAUGUUUUAUAUUUGUUUUAUAAUAUAGCACAAAGAAACAUAAAGAAAGAAAUUUUCCGACGUUUCCGUGUUGACAUCGAGUUAUAUCAACAUGGCUCUUAGCCAAUCAGCGUUCAGAAUUUACAAAUGCUAUAUUAUAAUUACCAAUAAUGGUGUGUUCCUGUGCACAGGAACAAUUAAAGUAUCAUUAAUGGUAAAUAUUAAACAUGUUUUUUUACUAAUUUACAAUAUGGAGAAUCUGUAAUAACCAGUAAUGGUAAGAGUUCGUAUAGAGAGCGUUUACACAUGACGUCACAGCCGCCAUGUUGGUGUUCCAAUUCAAAAGAAUUUUAAUUAGACUCUUUUGUCUGGAACACCAACAUAGCCGCCAUUGCUUUUGUUGAGUUGGUCCCUGGGGAAUGAGUGCAAACGAUCUAUAUGGUGUUGACACCCAGGCCUUUACCUCAAACAAUCCAGUUUACAUUGUAAAUAUCACUCCAGCAAAACACAAAUCCUAUUUUUACAAAGAUUCAAAUUUUGCAAUAUCGUUGGGUUAAUAUGUCACGAAUGAACAUUAUUGUUGAAACUGACAAUUAAUAUUGAUCUAUAUUGUUUCAUCAACAUUAAUUGUUUAUAUAACAUAAUAAUUAAACAACAUACUUUCGGAAGCAAAACAACAUGGAAUCUAAACAAGAAACCGAAGAGUUUAUUAAAAAAACAUAAUGAAAUAUCUAAACCACAUUCAAGUGAUGUAUACGUUAUUUUAAAUGCCGGAAAUUGUUCGGCGCGUGUUCGGAACGCCGUCGUAAUUAUUGAUUAAGUAUUCAAAAUGGCGAUGCAAAAAUAAACACUUGUAAGUGAAAAAUAAAUUGGUAAAUGGAAGUUUUUUACUGGCGUGCUUCCUUGCCAAAACUUUAAACAAGUACACAGUAAUUGUGCUCAGCCAUAUAUUACACAGGAUGGGGAAAGGAGCCUUCACUACUUUCACUCCUGCUCGAAACCUCCUCGGAAUUAUUCAUAUUGUCAACAAAAUCCUUACUAUAAUCCACCAUCUUUCUACAAGCUUCGAUAUCGAGUAGCGCUCGCUUUAACGCUAUCGUACUUUGAUUAUUAAACAUCUGUAAGUACUGUUGUCUUCGGGAUAUCUCUUUAUGCAUAUCAGUGAAAUCUCCACCAUUGCUUGAAUUAUCCCUUCUUGUACCUUGCAAACCCACGUUACUCUGUGAUAGAUCUCCCUGUUUAUCCAUAGCUACCGUAUCAAAGUCGCCUGAUACCCUACGAGAACCACCGCCAUUAUUCGACACAUGAUCAUGUUUAUCCAUAGCUACCCUACCAAUGUCCCCCGAAAUCCUAUGAAAUCCACCAUUAUCCAUAGCACAUUCCCUAACUAUAAGUUCCAAUUUUUUAUUUUCACUUUCUAAAAGCAUAUCUUGCUCGUCGUGAAGGCUUUCUAUGGUGUCGAUAAGUUCAUAGGCUUGCGUUCGUAUCUCUUGCGUGUUUUGGUCAUUUCUCAAGCGACUUUUCCAUUCCAACACAAGAUUUCGUAAUUCUAUCUGGAUGUCCUCUUUCUUGCCCAGUAGCACACGAAACGUUUUGACAAAAUUUGUGAAGUCAACUGGGUCCACGAUGACCU